CAGUUGCAGUUUUUUUGUAAUCAGAUUCUCCCCAACCCUGAUAUAAUGCAUUCUGCACUGGUCAACUGCAUUGACACUUUAACAUAAAUAAAUCAUCAUAAGAAUAGUCAGAAUAGCAUUAUGAUAAUAUCUUAUGCUGCAAACAAGGAAAAGCAGCUCCAAAUCCAUCUAAAGCUUCAAUGAGACAGGCAAUCCCUUUUCUGUAAGUUUUGUACUCUCUCAAAUUCAAUCUGUGUGCUGUAAAUAUGUAACAUGACUAUUAUUUUCCUCCAGCAUUCCUCUAUUCUGCGCUCAUCCCCAAUGCACGCUAGCCAAUCAUAACUCCAAUCGGACCCUCCCCUUUCCAGAUAAAAAGAGGGCCAGGGAACAGUGAGCUCCAUCUACAGAGAGUCUCUCAGUCUCCACAGACCACCUCCUGUAAUACUGGCUAAAACGUAAGUUGUCAUGUCCACCAGAGCUGUGAAGAGCACCAGCUACUCUGUGAGGCCCUCCUCUGCAGGCAUGGGCUCCCCUCAGAACUUCAGCAGCAGCUCCUACUCCGGUGGAUAUGGCGGUGCCAGACAGAGCUACAGCGUCCGCAGCUCCUACGGGGGCGUUGGCAGCAGCGCCAGGGGCGUUGCAGCAGGUGGUUAUAGGGUAGUUGUGGCUGGGGGGUCUGUGCAAAGAUGGGGUGUGAUGGAGUUUGGGUAUACGGGCAUGGGUGUUGGCGGUGGUAUGGGUGUUGGCGGCGGUAUGAGUAUGGGGGGUGGGACGAUGUCCUGUACGGGACCCCCUCAAAUCACAGCUGUUCAGGUCAACCAGAGCCUGCUGGCACCACUGAACCUGGCGAUCGACCCCAACAUCCAGGUUGUCCGCACCCAUGAGAAGGAGCAGAUCAAGACCCUCAACAACCGCUUUGCCUCCUUCAUCGAUAAGGUGCGUUUCUUGGAGCAGCAGAACAAGAUGCUGGAGACCAAGUGGAGCCUCCUGCAGGACCAGAACACCACCCGCUCCAACAUCGACGCCAUGUUCAAGGCCUACAUCUCCAACCUGCGCAGACAGCUGGACGGCCUGGGCAAUGAGAAGAUGAGGUUGGAGUCGGACCUGCACAACUUGAAGGGUCUGGUGGAGAACUUCAAAACCAAGUAUGAGGAUGAGAUCAACAAGCGUAACGGGUCUGAAAACAAUUUUGUUCUCCUGAAGAAGGAUACAGAUUCUGCAUACAUGAUCAAGAUGGAGCUGGAGGCCAAGCUGGACUGUCUCACUGAUGAGAUUGAGUUCCUCAGGAGUAUCUAUGAUAUGGAGCUGUGUGAGCUGCAGGGCCAGAUCAAGGACACCUCUGUGGUGGUAGAGAUGGACAACAGCCGUAACCUGGACAUGGACUCCAUUGUCGCUGAAGUGCGCACCCAGUACGAGGACAUCGCCAACCGCAGCAGAGCUGAGGCCGAGACUUGGUACACACAGAAGUAUGAACAGAUGCAGGUGUCAGCCAGAAAGUAUGGGGACGACCUGAAAAACACCAAGGCAGAGAUCGCAGAUAUGAACCGUAAAAUCAUGAGAUAUCAGUCUGAAAUUGACAUGAUGAAGGGUCAGCGCACCCACCUGGAGAACCAGAUUGCUAAGGCAGAGGAGCGCGGUGAGCUGGCGGUGAAGGACGCCAGGCUUCGCAUCAACGAUCUCAAGGUGGCCCUGCAGAGAGCCAAACAGGACAUGACCAUGCAAGUCCGCCAGUACCAGGAGCUGAUGAAUGUCAAGCUGGCCCUGGACAUUGAGAUCGCCACCUACAGGAAGCUGCUGGAGGGAGAGGAGAGCAGGCUGGUGACUGGAAUCAAGUCGGUCAGCAUCUCCAAACAGUCUUCUUCAAUGAACUACAACUCUUACCCCCUGGAGAGCAAUCACACCACUAGCUACGUCCGGGGCUCAAUAGGCGGAUGCAAGAGCAGCAGAACUUACAUCAGUGGCCAUGAGAACAGCCAUGUAGGCCACAGUUUUGACCUGCCUGGCAGUAUCAUCCUGGGAGCCACCAAUGGUAUCCAGGUCUCUACCAGCAGAGACGUGGAUGCCAGCAUCAGCCUGGGAGGUAGCAAAGGGACCAGCAAAGAUGUGGAUUCCAGCAUCAGCCUGGGAGGCAGCAAAGGCACCAGCAGAGAUGUGGAUUCCAGCAUCAGCCUGGGAGGCAGCAAAGGCACCAGCAAAGAUGUGGAUUCCAGCAUCAGCCUGGGAGGCAGCAAAGGCACCAGCAGAGAUGUGGAUUCCAGCAUCAGCCUGGGAGGCAGCAAAGGCACCAGCAGAGAUGUGGAUUUCAGCAUCACCCUGGGAGGCAGCAAAGGCACCAGCAGAGAUGUGGAUUUCAGCAUCACCCUGGGAGGCAGCAAAGGCACCAGCAGAGAUGUGGAUUCCAGCAUCACCCUGGGAGGCAGCAAAGGCACCAGCAGAGACAUGGAUUCCACUGUCACCCGAGGAGAUGAAUGAGGAGACUUCGUCAUCACAGGCGACCAUGGAAUUUGUCUAUUCUUUCUGUAACAGAUGUGUGCUUCCACAACCUACUUUUCAGCCUUCCACUCACAUUCAUUUAACUUUUCUAGCCAGGUUAGUACAUAAUUUACCUGCCAAACAGUUACCUUUCAAACAGGCUAAUUAUAUCCACCUGGAAUCACAGGCAGUCUAACUGUAACUUAAUUUUCCUACCCACAAAUGGUCCGGUUUAAAGUGGUAAAUGUGAAGGGUUAUGUAUUCCUGAAAGGCCCCUGAAAGUCGACCCCUUAUGUCUAUUUGGCCUACUUGUGUGAUCUCGUUCACUGUCAAUGGAAGCUAUCCAUCUCAUUUGUCUGUCCACACCUGAGUCACCAGCAGGUGCCAUUGUAGCAGAUGUUUUUCUCUCUGCUUGCUCAGAGACCCAUUAAAGCACUAGGAGAACAAACAACCUC